AAACCGCCUUUGCUAAAAUCAUCAAAGCCAAUGGAGGCCCUGCGUAAGAUUGUUCUUGACGCAAAGUGGCUACGAACACUACACUUUUAUGUGAGAUUUAGACAUACUGGAGAGCUUGAGAAUUUCAACAGCAUGAUGACAAAGUAUGUUCCAAAAAGGAAUSCUUUUGAAUACCCCUACUUCAUCAUGCGUGUACUWCUUGCUGCAAUAGAUCAUAACUUCCAUCUGUUCAGAAAGCCAAAAUGCAAAGCUGAUGGUAACCUGGCAGGCCACAGAAAGUAUUCKAAAAGAACACAGAAGUACCAUGCUGAGAUWGUCAAAGAAGAGAAAACAUAUGAUUUUUUCCCCAGCAUGGCAGCAAGGAUGCUGGAAAACAGGAGGUCUUUUCAAGRCUGCUUCUCCUCCAAAGCUGAYGUUGAUGAAUUUAACCCUAAGCAGAUAGCURCCACAAUUGGUAUGAAAGCUCCACCCUCAACAGAGGAAUUGCUGAAAGCGCCAUCACGAUUUAACAUGAACACCAAAAAAAAGUAA